AUGGCGUCCACUUCCAUGUCCUCGGUUCUCUUCCUCCUCGUCGCAACCUUCGCCGCCAGUGCCAGCGCGGCCACCUUCACCGUCAAAAACAACUGCAGUUCCACGGUGUGGCCGGCAGCCAUCCCGGUCGGCGGAGGCACGCAGCUAGAGCCAGGACAGACGUGGACCGUCGAUGUUCUCGCCGGCACCACCGGCAGGUUCUGGGGCCGCACCGGCUGUUCCUUCGUGGGAGGAAGCGGCCACUGCAACACCGGCGACUGCGCUGGCGCCCUCAACUGCACCGUGUCCGGGCAGCCACCCACGACGCUGGCCGAGUUCAGCAUCGGCGGUACCGAGGAUUUCUACGACAUCUCCGUGAUUGACGGCUACAACCUGCCCAUGGCCUUCUCCUGCAGCACCGGCGCUGGCCUGGUGUGCACGAGCCCCACCUGCCCGGAGGCGUACCGGUUUCCGACGACGAUUCCAAGACCCUGGGUGCAGCGGCAACAGCAACUACCAGCUCACCUUCUGUCCAUGAUGAGGAUUGAGGCGGCGGGCGGAUGGUGGUCACGUCCAAGGAUAUUCAUGUGGAGUAUCUGA